AUGGAAACAAGUGAAUACGCCUCAUGGGCGGAACUCUUCAAACUCCAUUGUCGAGCCUAUCAAGUUCUCGACCAUCUUUCACCUUGCCAAAUCGAAACAUCCUCCGCUGCCGCCAAAGACACGGACAAAGAAAAAUCAUCGGACUCCAAAACCGAUGACGUGUGGGAUCGCCUUGAUGCCAUAGUCCUUCAAUGGAUCUAUGGCACCAUUUCACACUAUCUUCUAAGCACCAUCAUCCGUCCCAACUCAACCGCUUGUUAUGCUUGGACAGCCUUGAAAAGCAUUUUUCACGAUAAUCAGGAGACCCGGGCUGUGCUACUACAAAGGAAGUUUGCAAAUGUCAAACUUGACUCUUUUCCAUCCAUGUCCGCCUAUUGUCAAGAGGUAAAAAUUUUAUCCGAUCAACUUGCUAAUGUGGGCUCUCCGGUGACCGAACAUACUCUUGUGAUUCAACUAAUCACCGGGUUAAAUGAGGCAUAUGGGGGGGGGGGGUCGGUUCCAUUAUUGCCGAUACCAAACCAUUCCCUACAUUCUAUGAAGCCCGGUCACAGUUGA